AUGACUGAUCAAUACAACAGAGAUUGGAGAAGAAUACUUUCUCAGUUAAAAAUCAUCGAUGGCCGCCGUAAUAUCACAACUGAAGAGCUAGGUCAGCUAUACAAACACCUAAAGCUCCGAAUGUUCACCACCCAUCCUCUCAAAACUCUCAGUAUAUACGGGUGCAUCAUGAAGCAAUGCCGAGACUACGGAAACCCACAAGCUCAUUAUAUAGAGGGCAUCGUACAAUACUUCCAAUGCAACAGAACCGGAAAAGGCCUCUUCCACCUCGAGCAAGCGGCAAACGGUUUGUACGACGACGGGAUUUAUCUUUACGGUCUUCUUUUGUUGUGCAGAGGAAAUAUAGAGGAAGGCAUAAACAAACUCCCCAGCCUUGGGUGGGAAACUAACACAGAAAGAUAUCUGUUGUUAUCAAGGAAAGAUAUCGCAUCAACAUGCAACGUGUGA